GCUUUCAAUGAGGACGGCUGCCGCUAUGUUCCAGUAAGCGUGUUCCAAGCGUGGUCACUCGUCUUGUCAGAGAUUUUAUUGUAGUAAUGAAAAAGAUUGUUUGUGUUGUACAUCUAUGGAAGUUUGAAUUGUGGGAUAGAAAGAGGUAGUGAGAAAAAUAAACUAAAUAAAUUAUAAUAUAGCAUGUCAGUGGCAGGAGAGACGCAGGUCGAGAAGAAAAUUCCAAUUAAGGAAAAAUUACGACUUUAUUUGAUAAAUCUAGCAAAGGACUACCAAGAAGCUACCUUAGAUCUUGUGAAAGACGCUAAAGCUAACAAAAGAAGGUCCUUCAUAACAGCACUAGGUCUGGGUUUUGCUGUAUGCUGCUCUCUCACCAACCCUGAUGAAGAAAGCUUUCGUCGAGAUGUUAUAAUGUGUAAUCAGGACAUUAUGUUAGUAGGAAAACCAAUACGUAAUCCAGCUUCUGUUCAGCAUAUGGAGCACAUUGAAAGCUGCUAUAACAAGGGUCUCAUACGUAGUUUAAAUCUUGGUUUGUUUUCACUUAUAUGGGUUGAUAAUAGAAGUAAAAGUUCAGCUGCUUAUAGUGCACAGUGCAGUUAUCUUCGCCCAUCAUUUUUUACGUUCCAUAAACAUGUAAUUGAUGUUGGCUUUCUUGGAAGAUGGUGGUGGCUAAAUAGUGUAAUGACUGAUUAUGACAUAAAUCCUCUAGAAUUUCCUAAGUGAUCAGUGUUUUGUUAUUUUUUUAGUCUAUGAACUUAUUGUUUUGAAACUAAUAAACAAUCUGUUAGUAAAAAUCA